AUGGAUCUAAUAAAAGACGGUAUUUUUUACUCAAGCUACGCCCGAGCUCCAAGUGAUUUUUCGAACUUGGAAGAUAACAUCAAGGAAGACGAUAUAAAAAGAGUUUUUGGCCCGGAAGUGCUAUGUUACGUCAUAAACUUGACGAGCGGCCAUAUUGAUUUUUUGCCGAGAUUGCCCGAAAAAAUAAUUUUAAAAAUUAUUCUCUACUUAAAUUUGGACGAUUUCGACAGACUGGCUCAAGUUAACAAGCAGUUUUUUAACUUUUGCCAGGACGAAAAAUUAUGGCAGAGAGUUUUCCAGAAGCACCAUAAGUGCAAAACCAUUGAUGACGACCUUACGCAACUUGCUAGCAAGUUCAGUUGGAGGCAGCUGGCUUUUACGAAUAUUAUUCAGUUGAGGGCCUUACUAAGAAGACAGCGUAAUGGUAAACUCGGUGAAAGCGCCGACGACGACGACGUUGGCGAUUUCGAAGGAUUAGGAGAUGGCCAGUUCGCUGGCGAGAAAUUCUCAGUCACAUCCCUAAAAAACGCCAUCUCCUGCGAGAAGUUGAAAAACUCCGGGCUGGAUAAAAUAAAACCGAAGUACCCGACAAAAGUUUUCGACUUUGAAAGUUUGAGGAAUGAUUUUCUAAGUGGAAAGAUUUUUGCUAAAUCCAACCCUGGCAGACUUGGCGGGGGUGCUGCUGCUGAUGAUGAUGACGAAGACGACGAUGGUGAUCAUGAUAAUGAUGGGGCAGGUGGUGGUGAUGAUAAUAGUAACUGCAACUUCGGUGCUGCUGAUGAUGAUGAUGAAAUUGUUGUCAGGAAAUUUGAAGGUGUCGGGAAAGUUCGUCUGAAGGACGGUGGAGGGGAUGAAUUGAGCACUACGAAAUUGGAUUGCAACAACAACAACAACAGCAACAACAAUAAUAAUAAUAAUAAAAACAAUAAAAAAAAUAAAAAUAACAGCAACAACAACAACAACGUGGACGAUGACGACGACGACGAUAAAAAAAAGAAAAACAAAAAAACGCAGCAACAGCAGCAUCAAACGCCAUCCUCAAAACCCCCAAACAUUAACUGGCAGCGGAAAAGCGAUUACAAGGAAAAGGAUAAAGAUAAGGAUAAAGAGAUGAAGCAGAGCAAAAUGUCCUCCUACUAUCCAUCAACUUACGUGAAUAAUAAUUUGAAAGGAGCUAAAGAUAGCAUUUGGGUGAGGAAACAGCAGAAAGCCAAUGCUCCAUCAGAUGAUGACGAUGGAACGUUGGAAAAGAAAAAGUCAUCAACAUCGAAGAAAAAGAAUGUGGCAUUCAAUCCUAAGAAGAAGAGUGAGGAUUCAUUCAACUCUGAAUGA